AUGGAAUGUUCUUUCGGUGCGCAUGCGAUAGAUUCACAAAGGAUUGUAUUACGGUUGGAAAAUCAUUUACAAAUACUGAAAUUAUCUAUCUAUCUAUUCCAGUCAGUUCAUAUCUAUCUAUCUAUCUAUCUAUCUAUCUAUCUAUCUAUCUAUCUAUCUAUCUAUCCCAGUCUGUCUGUCUAUCUAUCUAUCUAUCUAUCUAUCUAUCUGUAUCUUCCGAACAAUGUAAAUGAUCUAUCUAUCUAUCUAUCUAUCUAUCUAUCUAUCUAUCUAUCUAUCUAUCUCAGUCUAUCAAUAUCUAUCUACAUAAGAACCAAAAGAGUCCUUGCCGUUAACUUCUAUCUAUCUAUCUAUCUAUCUAUCUAUCUAUCUAUCUAUCUAUCUCAUUCUGUUCAUAUCUAUCUAUCUAUCUAUCUAUCUAUCUAUCUAUCUCAUUCUGUUCAUAUCUAUCUAUCUAUCUAUCUAUGUAUCUCAUUCUGUUCAUAUCUAUCUAUCUAUCUAUCUAUCUAUCUAUCUAUCUAUCUAUCUAUCUAUCUAUCUAUCUAUCUCAUUCUGUUCAUAUCUAUCUAUCUGUCUGUCUGUCUAUCUAUCUAUCUAUCUAUCUAUCUCAUUCUGUUCAUAUCUAUCUAUCUAUCUCAUUCUGAUCGUUUACUGAUAUAUAUGAUGUAUAACUUCGUCUGA